AUGGCGUCCCCGCCCAAGCCCUGGGAGCAACCUGGCGCGGCUACGACUGCAGCUGCUGCCUCAGUCUCGCCCUCAACCGCCACUUCAACUACCGACUCAUCUGCACCACCUCUCCCUAACCGCCCUUCCUCCCUCACGUCCACAGUCAACCAGAACGCCGCCAACUAUAGCCGUAUGGCUACCUCUCCCUACGGCUCCAUGGGCGGCGCCUACUCGUCGCCCUAUUCAAGCCCCUACUCGAGAUUUGGGAUGGGCGGCUAUGGCGGUGGCAUGUACGGCGGCUACGGUGGUUACGGAGGAGGCAUGUAUGGUGGUAUGGGUGGCGGCAUGUACGGAGGCAUGGGUGGUGGUAUGGGCAUGCCUGGCGACCCCAACAGCUUGACCAACAGCUUCAACAAUAGUACCCAAGCUACCUUCCAGAUGCUUGAGGGCAUCGUCACAGCAUUUGGCGGCUUCGCCCAGAUGCUUGAGAGCACCUAUAUGGCUACCCACUCGAGCUUCUUUGCCAUGGUCUCUGUCGCGGAGCAAUUCGGCAACCUACGAGAUACCCUUGGAUCAGUACUGGGUAUCUUCACCCUCCUUCGCUGGAUCCGGACACUGAUCGCCAAGAUCACUGGCCGGCCACCACCCGCUGAUGCGAUGGCGCUCACACCAGCUGCCUUUGCGCACUUCGAAGGCCGCAGCAUGGGACCUGACGGCAAGCCUCUCCCUCCCAAGGCCAGCAAGAAGCCCCUGCUCUUCUUUGUCCUGGCUGCCUUUGGUAUCCCUUACCUCAUGUCCAAGAUGAUCAAGAGCCUCGCUGCCUCCCAGGAGGAGGAGCAGAGGCGCCUCCAGGCCCAGGCGCUCGAAUCGCAGCAGCCGAUGGAUCCCUCCAAGCUCGAGUUUUGCCGACUCACUUACGACUUCCUCCCCCAGCCCAACACCGGCAUGGAGCUUGAGGCGCGUAAGGGUGAUCUGGUUGCAGUCCUCAGCAAGAACGACCCCUCCGGCAACCCCAGCGAAUGGUGGCAAUGCAGAUCUCGCGAUGGCCGCCAAGGAUACCUUCCCUCGACCUACCUCGAAGUCCUGAAGCGCCCGACUCAGGAGCCCAAGAAGCUCAAGGCCGCACCGAGCGAGAGCAGCCGCACCAACUCGCUCACAAGCUCAAUUGAGCGACCCGAGGAGGGCAAGAAGGAGUAUGCCACGGCUGAUGGCAUGCAGAGGAGCCACUUCUACUCGUAG